CCCCCUCUCUGUCUGGUCCGAUCUCGACCUGGCAGAGAAGUUCAUUCGACUUGCUUUGGACACGUGGCGACUUCCUAUUCGUGGGAAAAUACAACCGUCGCGGAAGAUUUAUCGUCGRAAUAUUCAAAUAUUCCGACGUUUCAGAUCUCAGAGAGGAUCCUAGCCGCUCGCUGAUUACACGUGUACGGUGGGGAAUUCUUCCGACGGGCUAUAAAUGCCCCCAAUCCUUCAGUUCAUACCUUACGUUCCUUGAAUUCUUGGAGUUCGAUCUGAAGGCAGCUCGAACCCUUGGUAGGUCGGUCUCUUCCCUCUCUCUUUCGAACGUAAUUGCCAUGUCGUCCUCUAUUAGUAGCAACCUAGAAUCCGAUUUAGCUCGUAGGUUAGAGUCCAAGCUCGAGGAGAUAGAAAACUKUAGAAUCUCCGAUGACGGGGAGGAUAGUGACGCCUCCACUUCAGGUCAGGGCUUGGAAUACCCUUCUAGGAUACCUGAGCACUACCUCGGAUCCCUUCGUAGGGGGUUCGCUAUCCCUGAGAACAUCCUCCUCAGGCUUCCGGAGGAGGGGGAGAGAGCUGACAAUCCUCCAGAGGGAUGGGUCACUCUCUACUUCAAAAUGUUUGAGUACGGCCUCAGACUUCCCCUUCACCCUUUUGUCCAAGAAUUUCUCUUCCGGACUGGGUUGGCACCGGCUCAAGUGGCCCCCAAUGGGUGGGGUGUUAUUUUCGCUUUGGCCAUCCUCUUUUGGCUACGAGCUCGGGAUAGUGAGGAGGCCGAGCUGUUDGACGUAGACCAGCUCCUCGCGUGCUUCGAGGCGAAAAGGAUAGCUAAGAAGCCUGGUCGGUUCUAUAUGUGCGCAAGGAAAGGCGCAGGCGGUAUAGUUAAGGGGCCGACCUCCAUCAAGGGAUGGGUGAGGAAGUGGUUCUACGCUUCCGGGGAAUGGCUCGCAAAGGACGAGUCAGGUCGUUCCUUCUUUGACGUCCCCACUAGGUUUGGGAACCUAGUUUCAAUCCGACCAGUUCCCGAGCUUACGCAAGCCUCCUUCGAUACGCUGAAAUACUACAAGGAGCGCUUUCCGAGGGGUAGGAAGGUCGGAACCCUGGUGACUGACGAACUGCUGCUUGAGUCUGGGCUGCUAGAUUACAACCCUGCAGUUCGUCCCAUUGAAUCCUCAAGGCCGAACUCCGAACUUGCCAUGGUUUGCGGAUUUGCAAGCGGCGUGAAGCGCAAGUCUAAGGGCCGAGCCCAUGCUCUUGAGGCUGCCCAGAGUUCGAAACCUGCCACUCCUGCCGUGGUAGGGCCUGCCUCGGAAGAUCCAGCCCUGGUGAUCGAGCUGGAGUCUUCUGGGGGUCCCUCGAGGGAGAAGCGCCCCAGGGAUCAGACCGAGGCGGUGGAC